AUGGCCGCGAUACACACCUCCGUCCCGGACGGCCUCAUUCCCCUCCUCGAAUCCCACCUCCCACACUCUCUCCCCAUCCUCCGGCGCUUGCAGUUCACACGCUUCCCCGGCGGCCAACGGCCCACGGCGCGCAUCAUCCUUGCCGCAGACGCCCCUAUAUCCUCCGUGCGGAACUUUGCAGCCGCGUACCUCGACUUCGGGAGCGGCAUCGAGACCUCGCUCUUUAUGUACUCCACCCUCGAAGACUCCUCCGUUUCCGCCGAGGACCGCGAGGUGUGCGAGGCGCAGAUCGGUUUGGUGGUCGAUGCCGUCAACGCCGUGGCGCGCGAGCAGCCCGAGCACAGGGGGUACCCGGGGCGGUGUCUGGUGGGCACGCUGGCGACGGCGGUGAAGGAGGCAAUGGUGCGCCGCGGGGUGGGGAUCGAGGCGCGGCAGGAGUAUGAGUAUGAGAAGUGGCUGUUCCGGGUGGAGGAUGUGCGGGAGGUGGAAGUUGAGUUGCCGCCGGGGGCGAGGUGGGAGAGGGCGAAGGAGAGGGAUUGUGAGAUUGUUAUUUCGAGGACGAGUAUUCCGCGGCAGGUGUAA